AACGGGGCUGCUGUCUGGGGCGGUAGCUGGGGGGGCACUCUCCCCCCUGCCCGCGACUCGGAGCACCCCCACCCCUCCCCUGCCGGGCCAGGCCGGGUGGCGUUGUUGGCGGGGGCCCCGGUGGAGGCCCGGCCCGGGCGGCGCCCGCCAUGAACGGGCUGUCGCUGAGUGAGCUCUGCUGCCUCUUCUGCUGCCCGCCCUGCCCCGGCCGCAUCGCUGCCAAGCUCGCCUUCCUGCCGCCGGAGGCCACCUACUCCCUGGUGCCUGAGCCCGAGCCGGGGCCUGGUGGGGCCGGGGCCGCCCCCUUGGGGACCCUGCGGGCCUCCUCGGGCGCACCCGGGCGCUGGAAGCUGCACCUGACGGAGCGUGCCGACUUCCAGUACAGCCAGCGCGAGCUGGACACCAUCGAGGUCUUCCCCACCAAGAGCGCCCGCGGCAACCGCGUCUCCUGCAUGUAUGUUCGCUGCGUGCCUGGUGCCAGACAAGGACACCAGGCUCAGGGAGGCCAUCCCCAGCUGGCAUGGGUGGGCAGGCUGGGCGACUCCAACAACCCAGCGCCUGGUGGUUGCCUGCUGGGCGAGAGCUGGGGCACAGGGGCCACCCUGGCCUGCGGGUACAUCCACCUUCUCGCCAGGUACACGGUCCUCUUCUCGCACGGCAAUGCCGUGGACCUGGGCCAGAUGAGCAGCUUCUACAUUGGCCUGGGCUCCCGCCUCCACUGCAACAUCUUCUCCUACGACUACUCCGGCUACGGUGCCAGCUCGGGCAGGCCUUCCGAGAGGAACCUCUAUGCCGAUAUCGACGCCGCCUGGCAGGCCCUGCGCACCAGGUACGGCAUCAGCCCGGACAGCAUCAUCCUGUACGGGCAGAGCAUCGGCACGGUGCCCACCGUGGACCUGGCCUCGCGCUACGAGUGUGCCGCGGUGGUGCUGCACUCGCCGCUCACCUCGGGCAUGCGCGUCGCCUUCCCCGACACCAAGAAGACCUACUGCUUCGACGCCUUCCCUAACAUCGAGAAGGUGUCCAAGAUCACGUCGCCCGUGCUCAUCAUCCACGGCACGGAGGACGAGGUGAUCGACUUCUCGCACGGGCUGGCGCUCUACGAGCGCUGCCCCAAGGCGGUGGAGCCGCUGUGGGUGGAGGGCGCCGGGCACAACGACAUCGAGCUCUACAGCCAGUACCUGGAGCGCCUGCGUCGCUUCAUCUCCCAGGAGCUGCCCAGCCAGCGCGCCUAGCGGCGGCCCCAACCGGCCGGACCUCAGCAAUAAGGCGGCCCCCGGACCUCACCCCGCGCCGGCCCCCCAGGGGCUGCAUGUGGACCCCCCGGGCGGCCCAGGGGACCCCGCCCCGACCCAGGGGCUGUGGACGAUGUACAGGCAACAGAGCUACGCACUCCUUUCCUUUUGGAAGCAAGAAGAAAAUACGUGAAAACGGAAAUUAAAGAUUUAAAAUUUUA